AUGAAAUUACUAGUAUUAACUUCAUCGUGUGGCCUAACUGUUAUAAUAUAGAAUGUUGGACUCUGGAGUUUGUUAUCAUGGACCUUGACUAUGAUGCUGACUGCAAUAUCACUGAUACUGGGUUAUAAAAUGAGGCGUUUCAAUCAGAAAGGAUUCUAUGUUAUGAACUAUUUGAUUUCUGUAUGUCUACUCCUCGGAGCAAUUUUGCUUUCCGUGUUAUACUAUCUUUCCUUUCGAGAUACUGCAAAUACAGUUUUCGGAGCACUUUUGGGUCUUGGACUAUUUGUGGUGGUUGAUAAACACCAGGAUAUCUUGAAGUUAAAGGGCAAGCUAUACGAUGGGGCUACGUUUGAUAAUUAAACUUUGUCUUUUUAAUUGUGUUCUUUCGGAGUUUGGGUAUUUCAGACCAACGUUCAACCGAAAAAUUUGCACCACUGGACUUUCCGCCCAACCUACAUAAAUGUUUUCUAAGACCACUUCGAAUUUCGAUCGACGAGAUAGUAACAUGUCACUAGACCAACUUACCUCUGCCUAUCAGAAAGAUACGCGAUAAGUAACCCAAGUGUCGUCUUUUGUAUUCCAUGUUUUUUGCCAUUUUUAUCAAAACAUGUCAAUUGUCUGUUGGUCAACAUGCAUACCACAUCAUCCCUUGCACCUGGUGUCUAAAUAAUUGUGCGAAAUAUCAGGACAAUGUUACUCAGAAGAUUCCCUAAUCGAAAAAGUCACUCAAUGAUCUUACUUUCAAGAGAAUCUAAUUAUAUGUCAUACAAAAUUAUUGUCAAGUAUCAUUCAUGAGCAUAAACUUUCCAAAAUAUCUAUCGGGUAGACUACAUACAAUUUCAUUAAAACUGCUAACAUGAACAAGUCAAUAAAGAUGCAGAUAUUAACAAAGUUAAAAUGUUUAACGGAGAUUAAAAUUCAGCUGUCACUCAGAACUUACCUGUCUUUCUUUUGAAAUCGUUAUACCCAUGAAUAAAGGAGUAAUUCAAGACUUUUAUAUUAGAUUAAUUCUUUAUAAAUUUAA